AUGGGAAGCAGCGCGUCCACCCAGCACCAUUUCGCCUUCCUGAACACAGAGAGAGCUUUCAGGGCGGCCGUCCUGAUCCAGCGGUGGCACCGGCGCUACGCGGCCCGGCUGGAGAGGCGGCGGCGCUGCACCUGGCGCAUCUUCCAGGGCAUCGAGGACGCGGGCCAGCAGGACCAGGCCAGGCUCCACGGUUUCUUCAGCUGCCUCCUGGAGCUCCUCACUCCCGACGGCCGCGGGGACGGGGACCCGCUGAGCCGCCUGCGCCCGGGGGACCGCGCCGUCCAGCGCGCGGACGCGGGCGGCGGCGGCUACGAGGCCAUCGGCGUGCCGGACGGCUACACGGGCCGCGCCUCGCCUUCCCCCCUCCUCCCGGCCCACGCCGCCGCCCUGCUGGAGGCCUUCCGGCUGCGGCGGCCGCUGCACGCCCGCUAUGUGCUGAACCUCUUAGACCAGGCCAGGCAGCACCUGGCCCGGCUGCCCAGCAUCAACCGCGUCUCCACCUGCUACAGCGAGGAGGUCACGGUGUGCGGAGAUUUACACGGCCACUUGGAUGACUUAAUACUUAUUUUUCAUAAGAACGGCCUCCCGUCGCCAGAGCGCGCCUAUGUCUUCAACGAUGACUUCGUGGACCGAGGCAAGGACUCAGUAGAGAUCCUGAUGGUUCUUUUUGCCUUCAUGUUGGUUUACCCCAAAGCGCUGCAUCUGAACAGAGGAAACCAUGAGGACCCCGUGGUGAACUUACGCUAUGGCUUCACCAAGGAAGUCAUGCAUAAAUACAAGACGCAUGGAAAGAAAAUAUUAAGAUUUCUUCAGGAUGUGUUCUGUUGGCUUCCCCUGGCCACGCUAGUCGAUGAGAAGGUCCUGAUUCUUCAUGGUGGGGUAUCGCAGCAGACGGACCUGGAGCUUUUGGCUAAACUGGACAGACACAAGAAGCCCCCCUUCCCUGCAGCCCCUUGCUCUGCAGCCCCCUUCCCUGCAGCCCCCUUCCCUGCAGCCCCCUACCCUGCAGCCCCCCUUCCCUGCAGCCCCCCCUUCUCUCGCCCCGUGCAGAUCGUGUCCGCCCUGCGACGGCAGAGCCGCCCCCUCCCCCCCUCGCCCUCCCGCCCCGGCCCCCUGCCGCCCCCCAAGGCCGGCCGCUCCGUGGACCUGGUCGUGGGGAGGGAGGCGGCUCGGCGCCCCGAGCCCACGGGCGAGGAGUGGAGGCAGGUGGUGGGCGUCCUGUGGAGUGACCCCAUGGCUCAGGAGGGCUGCAAGGCCAACGCGGGCCGCGGAGGAGGCUGCUGCUUUGGGCCGGACGUGACAGAGCGGCUGCUGCAGAGGUACCAGCUGCGGCUCCUCAUCCGCUCCCACGAGUGCAAACCCCAAGGCUAUGAAUUCUGCCACAACCGCAAGGUUUUAACCAUCUUUUCUGCCUCCAACUACUAUGAAGUGGGCAGCAACCGCGGGGCGUACGUGAAGCUGGGGCCGGCGCUCACCCCGCACAUCGCGCAGUACCGCAACAAGGCGACGCACAAGCUCACCCCGCGGCAGAGGGUUAGCAGGGUGGAGGUGUCGGCUCUCAGAGCCCUGCGGGAAAUGCUGUUCGCUCACUCCUCAGACCUCCUCCGUGAAUUCAAGAAGCACGACCCAGAGGAAACCGUUCCAGCUUUUACUAGUCAACUGAACAUGCUGCCUCAGCUCAAACUCAACCAGCAUCCAACCGAACUUCCACUAACUAACAUAGAGUCCAGUUUGCUGGAAACACUCUAUGGAAACCGAUCUAAUCUUGAGACGAUUUUUAGGAUAAUAGACAGCGAUCACUCAGGCUGCAUCUCCCUGGAGGAGUUCAGGCAGACGCGGAAGCUGCUCAGCUCGCACACGAACGCGGGCGUCCCGGACGACCGCAUCCGCCAGCUCGCCCGGAGCAUGGACUUCAACCAGGACGGCCGCGUGGACAUCAACGCGUUCCUGGAGGCCUUCCGGCUGGGGGAGCACUCCCGCGGACACGGAGGACGGGGGCCACGGCCGGCCAAGGCCGUGCUGAGCAGGGCCGUGUCGGCCUCGUGCCUUCCUGCUCGCUCUCCCCGUCUGAAACGGAGAAAUGGGAUCCGCGGAGAGGCCUAA